AUGGCUGCAACUCGUGCCGGCACGACGGACAAUGACCAGCGAAGCGAGAGCACAACUCGUCUCAACCGCACGCUGGACGCCCGGAUCUCCAGUAUACCGCCACCGUUCCGACCCAGCUCGGUGCUACAAGCUGGACAGCCAGGCCUGCGCAGGAGCUUUGUAGUCAUUCACCCGACCCAUCUUGCCGGUCGGACUCAGGUGUACCGUGCCCAUGCCAUGACGUCGCGCUGGAUCCAGAGCCUCCAGAGUUUUGGCUGGCAGGACAGUUACGCAACAGGGACAUAUUGUCCGGACACUGCUACCAACACCGUCACUGCAGGAUUGGGAGAAACUCGUUGA